AUGGCCGAGAGACCAGCACACACGCGAACUGCCUCCACUAACCUUGGCACUUCGGGCCAGCGCAUCCUCGAAGGAAGAAACGCCAUCGUAACAGGAGCAUCAAGAGGAAUUGGCGUCGAAGUCGCCCGCAACCUCGCUUCCAAGGGCUGCAAUGUCGUCAUAAACUACACCUCCGACUCGUCUGCCCAAGUUGCCCAAGACCUUGCUUCCGAGCUGCAGUCCGAGUAUGGUGUCAAGGCCAUCACCGUGCAGGCGAGCAUGGGCUCGGAAAACGGCCCAAAGCACCUCGUAGAAGUCACCAAGAACAACUUCCAACACCCCAAGACGGGCAAGUUCCAGCUCGACAUCAUCAUCAACAAUGCCGGUGUCGCCGGCAACAACUACGUCGAAAACGUCGACUGCGAAGACUUUGCCAGACAGUUCAACGUCAACGUGCGAGGUCCAUUGCUCCUUAUGCAAGCCGCCAUCCCCUACCUGCCAAAUGACCGAUCGGGUCGCGUCAUCAACUUGUCGUCGGUCAGUUCUUCGCUAGGAUACAAGGGUCAGUCAAUCUAUGGCGCAACAAAGGCAGCCCUAGAAAGCAUGACGCGAACUUGGGCUCGUGAAUUUUCCGAGCGAUGCACCGUCAAUGCCAUCAACCCAGGCCCAGUCGCCACAGACAUGUACUGGAGUAAUGAUGAAUCGUUCAUCGCACUGAACAAGCCCUUCAUCGAAAUCACCCCGUUGGCGGCACCACGAAAGGGUAUCGACCCAGAGCGAAUCUAUGAAGCUUCCCAGGGCGCUGGAGGAAGACCGGGCUACAGUGAGGAGGUCGCCGGUGUUGUUGGCAUGCUCUGCCUGCCUGAUGCUGGGUGGACAACAGGCAGCGUCAUUUGCGCCAAUGGUGGCAUGAAAUUCACCUACUAG